AUGAAAGUUACUAUAAAGAUGAUUAGGGAAGCCAGUGGAGUCUCGAGGGACCAAGGAAGGCUGGUGAUCAACGGGAGCCAGGUGUACACGGUGGAGAUAUGCGGCAUGCUGACAUCAGUGGAACAAGAAGAAAGAUGGACGGACUAUGAGUUAUACGAUGGCACCGGCUCCAUAAAAGCCCGUAUUUGGGUUGGAGGGUACUACACAGUUAAUGCAACCUGCACGGUGAUAGAUGGCGAUGCGAUGCUGAACACUUUAUUAGCCAGGGAAGUGACCGACUACAACACGUUAACUGUACACAUGUUGAGCGUCAUACAUGAGCAUUUAGAUCUUCAAAGCAGACGAAGUGCAAAGAUUGAUGGUGAACAGCAUGCGACAAGAGCGCGCCUAGAGAUCGACAAGGAAGGGGUUCUGAUGAUCAUGGCUCAGGAUGAGGAAAGGUUUGAUGAAAACAGGUACAACGAAGAAGGGUUGACGGAAGAAUACAUAAAGUGCAAAAUGGGUCUAGACAGCCAAUCCAUGAGGAGGGUGCUGGAUGGUUUGAUCAACGACGGACUGAUUUACAACACCGUGGACGAGUGUCACUACAAGCGGGCUGGGUAG